ACGUGACCCGCGGUACGGGAAAGAUGGCGCUGCUUGUGAAGAACGUGUGUUCUUCUGUGCGACCGUGGCUGCCAGUGGCCCAGACUUGGGAUCUCAACGCGCGGCGCUGGGUCCGGGCAUUGCGGCGGAGCCCCUUGAAAGUGGUGUUUCCAUCCGGAGAGGUGGUGGAGCGGAAGCGCUCCCCUCGGAAGCAGCCCCGCGAGGCGGCGUCUGAGGCGCAUGCCCAGGGGCAGCGACCGAAACAGCCGCUUCAGAUGUCCCCAUCCCAUUCGCCGAGUACCUGGGAAGAGGCAGGACUUCGCUACGAUAAAGCUUUUCCUGGGGACAGGAGGCUGAGCAGUGUAAUGACAAUAGUUAAGUCCAGGCCGUUUCGGGACAAACAAGGGAAGAUACUACUGGAAGGUCGCAGGCUGAUUGCAGAUGCUCUGAAGGCUGGAGCUGUGCCAAAAGUUUUCUUCUUUAGCCGCCUGGAAUACAUAAAGGAGUUGCCAGUUGAUAAGUUGAAAGGUGUAAGCCUCAUUAAGGUGAAAUUUGAGGAUAUCAAGGAUUGGUCCGACCUAGUAGCACCACAAGGAAUAAUUGGUCAGUGGUUACACAAUGUGUCACUAGGGAUUUUUGCCAAACCUGACCAUGUCAAAAUGACAUAUCCAGAGACUCAGCUUCAGCAUUUCCUGCCCUUAUUUUUGAUUUGUGACAAUCUCCGUGACCCUGGGAACCUGGGGACAAUUCUGAGAUCUGCUGCUGGGGCAGGCUGCAGCAAAGUAUUACUAACUAAAGGCUGUGUGGAUGCCUGGGAACCCAAAGUGCUACGGGCAGGCAUGGGGGCACAUUUUCAGGUGCCUAUUAUCAAUAAUCUGGAAUGGGAAACAGUACCCAACUACUUGCCCCCUGACACCCGGGUCCAUGUAGCAGACAACUGUGGCCUCUAUGCUCAGGCCCAGAUGUCUACUAAAGCCAGUGAUCAUGGCGGGGUGUGUGAUCGACGAUUUCUGAAAUUUCACAAGUUCCAGGAAGAGGAUAUAGAAACUGGAGACAGUAAAGACUGGCUCCCUGAAAUUGAGGUUCAGAGUUACGACUUGGACUGGACAGAGGCACCAGCAGCUGUGGUGAUAGGUGGGGAGACCCAUGGCGUGAGCCUGGAGUCCCUGCAGUUGGCUGAGAGCACUGGGGGCAAGAGGCUGCUGAUUCCUGUUGUGCCUGGUGUGGACAGCCUGAACUCGGCCAUGGCUGCAAGCAUCCUGCUUUUUGAAGGAAAAAGACAGCUAAGGUUAAGGGUGGAACACUUGAACAGGGACAGGAGCUACCACUGAAAAAGGGGGCCGAAGUUGUGUUUGAGGAUGUCUCCAGCUCCUGCAACCCCAGCAUACUGGACGGAGGCUGGCAGAGUUGGUUAACUGGCUUCCUGGCCAUAUUCAGGAGGCAAGAGGUAGGCAUUGCUGCCAUCAUACAGCGUCGGAAAAAUAGGAAUUUCUACAAGUUUCUGCUUUUCCUCAUAAAUAAAAAGGUUAAAAUUC